CCUUUAACUAAAAUAAUCUUUUUGUGUUUUUCCCUGGAAAAUGGAGAGAACGAGAUUUUGGCAUACUUGUCCUGCUGCUGAAGGGGCUUAUGUACCAUCUGUUAAGUUUAGGGAAGCCCCUUCCCAGGUCGAUCGUUCGAAACGGCCAGAAGUACAAAAUGAUAUAUUAGGCAGCACCGCGCAGACGGCGGAAACCGCAGCAGCUCAGCUCCGAAGUUCAGAGUCUCGUACCAUUUUUUUUGGUUUCCCGCCCGGUAUACGGGCUUCGUCCGACUACUCUGGACUCGACCAGCUGUGGCGCACCAGAAUGGUGGUGGGUCGUCUCCAAACGAAGGCUGCUGCGUUUCUUCAUAAGGUUUCUUCGUCGGGUUCGGAUUGGUGGCAGACAAUGACUAUCCCUUUCCAGCCUAGCUGCGGUAUAACCAAUUUGGAACAUAAGAAAAAGAUGCGCCGCCCGCGGUGGCUACGAUGGCACAAGACUUUAGCGGUUUUGAGGCUUGGGGUGCCUGAAGACGAAAGGUUUCAUCUUGCAACAAAGAACGACGAGGUAACGAUUUUCAAAAUUUUCUAGCUUUUCUUCUUUUACUCUUUCCGGGUCAUUAUUGUUGUUGUUUGGUUGCUGAGAAAAUUGAGGGGAAUUAGAAUUUGACUUAAUUGAUGACAUUGUGAAGUCAAGACAAGAUUUUGGUAAGCGAUUGAGUUGUACAUUUAAUUGUUACCAAUGCAACAUAUGAUUGAUUAUAUAUGUAGACGAUUCAUCGUUGUUGUAAUCAGCUGAUUAAAGCUGGUUUCCUUCA